ACAUGUUGCUUACCUGUAUGUUGUAAAGGCUCCUCUGUGCCCUUUGGUCCCUGGCUGCUACUAUAAAAGGACCUCAGUGAACUGACAAGUGCUCCUGAGCUCACUCUGUUAGAUUUCACAUAUGGUCGACACCAUGGCCGGCAAACAUCAGCUCGCUUUUUUGGGGCUACUACUUUUCAUUACAGUGCAACGGACUUUGUGUUUUUCAGAAGAAGAGCUGCAUGCCAGGUACUGGAACAAUAAAGGAAGUCAGGCUCUUGAUGCUGCCAUGAAAGUCCAACCUAAAGUCCGACAAGCCAGAAACCUUAUCCUGUUUCUUGGGGACGGUAUGGGGAUAACAACAGUGACUGCUGCCCGAAUCCUCAAAGGCCAGAUGGCAAAACGUUCUGGAGAGGAAACCAGUCUGGUCAUGGAUACCUUCCCUCACGUGGCACUGUCUAAGACGUACAAUGUGGACCAGCAGAUGCCAGACAGCGCCGGCACAGCCACAGCAUAUUCAUGUGGUGUAAAGGCCAACUAUGGCACCCUGGGUGUCACUGCUGCCACCCCAAAGGGCAACUGUAGUGCUACUGCUGGGAAUGAGGUCCAUUCUGUUCUGCACCGUGCCAAGAUGGCAGGCAAAUCUGUGGGGAUCGUCACCACCACCCGAGUGCAGCACGCGUCUCCUGGUGCAAACUACGCUCACGUUGCUAACCGAGACUGGUAUGCUGACUCUGAUCUAUCCAAAGAGGCCGUCAGCAACGGAUGCCGAGACAUUGCAUAUCAGCUGGUGCACAACACACAGAUAGAUGUCAUUCUUGGUGGAGGUCGUCAAUACAUGUUUCCCCAAAGCGUUCAAGACCCAGAGUAUCCAACCAAUAAGGGAUCCCGGAAGGAUGGACUGAAUCUGGUUGCAGAGUGGCAAAAGAACAAAAAGAAUGCUAAAUAUGUGUGGAACAAAGCUGAGUUUGAUGCCAUCGAUCCUGCACAAACAGACUUCCUGUUGGGACUGUUUGAGCCUAAAGACUGCCGCUACGAGUUGGACCGUGACCCAAAAAUGGACCCGUCCCUCACCGAGAUGGUGGAGAAAGCAAUAAUGAUCCUCAGCAAGAACCCCAAGGGAUAUUAUCUCUUUGUGGAAGGGGGGAGAAUCGAUCAUGGGCACCAUGAUGGUAACGCAAAAAAAGCUCUUUAUGAAGCUGUUGAAUUUGACCGGGCGAUCGGGCGAGCGGCUGAACUCACCAGUGAGCUGGACACCCUGUCUGUGGUCACUGCUGACCACUCGCAUGUCUUUGCCUUUGGAGGGCAUUCAGCCAGAGGAAACUCUGUGUUAGGGGUGUCUCGCUCACUUGCCGAUGACAAGAAGCAUUUUACCACUGCUGUGUAUGGCAACGGCCCGGGAUACCAGAUUGUCAACGGAACCCGCCCAGAUGUGAAUGAAACCAUUUCAUCGGGUAAUGAGUACCUUCAGCAAGCUCCUGUUCCUCUCGAUUCAGAGACCCACGGGAUAGAGGAUGUAGCUAUUUUUGCCAAAGGCCCAAUGUCUCACCUGUACCAUGGAGUGCAGGAGCAGAGCUACAUCGCACACGUCAUGGCCUUUGCUGCCUGUCUGGAGCCUUAUGAGGGCUGUGAGUUGUCCCCUCCAGCUCCAAAUCAUGCUGGAGUCAUUCAUCCAAACCUUCUGCUGCUGCUGGUGGGCAUUGUUCUCCUCUCCCUCUGCUCUUUCUGAGAUGACAGUCCCCUGGGAAUUUGUCCUGACCUUUGAAUAAGUGUACUCUGUCUACAAAAGAAAUUAUUCUUACACUGUACUUUCUUUGUGGAAUUAAAAACUCAUAAAGAUCACACAACUUCACAUCACUGACCUAUAUAGGAGCAUGAGUUAUAACAAAAUGUAGUGUUAAAAUCUUUUUAAUAAAUGUCUGGUGACAGGUGACUAAAAUGACUCUGACUGCUGAAUUUGGAA